AGGACAUGAACUUGAUUGACAUCCUUUGGAGGCAAGAUAUAGACCUUGGGGCAAGGCGUGAAGUUUUUGAUUUUAGUCAACGACGGAAGGAGUAUGAACUCGAGAAACAGAAGAAACUUGAAAAGGAAAGACAAGAGCAGCUCCAGAAAGAGCAGGAGAAAGCCUUGCUGGCCCAGCUGGAGUUAGACGAAGAGACAGGUGAAUUUGUUCCUGUUCAGCCAGCUCAGCGCAUUCAGUCAGAAAAUACUGAGCCACCAAUUGGUUUUUCACAGACCGCACAGACUUCAAAACCAGAAGCAGAGGCCUUGUCCUUUGAUGACUGCAUGCAGCUCUUGGCAGAAGCUUUCCCAUUUAUAGACGACAAUGAGGCUUCUUCAGCUGCAUUUCAGUCGCUGGUUCCUGCUCAGAUUGAUAGCGACCCAGUCUUCAUUUCCUCUGAUCAAACUCAGCCACCUGAGUCACCUGUUCUAGUUCCACUUACUGAUGCGGAGAAUAUGCAGAACAUAGAGCAAGUUUGGGAAGAAUUAUUGUCCCUUCCAGAGUUACAGUGUCUUAACAUUGAAAAUGAUAACCUGGCUGAGGUAAGCACAAUCACAAGCCCUGACACCAAGCCAACAGAGAUGCACAACAGCUAUAAUUACUACAGCUCAUUACCCAUCAUGAGAAAAGAUGUUAACUGCGGUCCAGACUUCCUGGAUAGUAUUGAGGGCCCCUUUUCCAGCAUUUUGCCAGCAGAAGACACCAGCCAGCUGAGUGUGAACUCUUUAAAUGACACAUCCCCUUCAAACUCUGAUUUCUGUGAGGAUUUCUACACCACCUUUAUUGAUACAAAGGCAAACGGUGAUACAGCAACGACAAACGCUAUCAGUCAAUCACUCACGGAAAUUCUAAGUGAACCUAUUGAUCUUUCUGAUUUCUCACUGUGUAAAGCUUUUAAUGGCAACCACUCAGGAACCGUACCGGAAUGUAAUGAUUCUGACUCUGGUAUUUCAUUGAAUGCAAGUUCUAGCGUAGCAUCGCCCGAACACUCUGUUGAAUCAUCUGCCUAUGGAGAUAAGACUUUUGGUUGUAGCGAUUCUGAAAUGGAAGACAUGGAUAGUGCUCCUGGAAGUGUGCCGCAGAGCAAUGCUAGCGUGUACUCUUUGCAGUUCCAGGAUCAAGUGUUUUCUUCUGUGGGGCCCAGCACUCAAACACCUAGUUUGCAGUGUACAAACACACCAAAGAAAGAACCCCCUGCCGGUCCAGGCCACCCCAAAGCUCCGUUCACAAAAGAUAAACCUUCAGGCCACCUUGAAGCUCAUCUCACAAGAGAUGAGCAAAGAGCAAAAGCUCUGCAGAUCCCUUUUCCUGUUGAAAAAAUCAUCAAUCUCCCCGUUGAUGACUUCAAUGAAAUGAUGUCUAAGGAGCAGUUCAAUGAAGCCCAGCUUGCGCUUAUUCGAGAUAUACGCAGGAGAGGCAAGAACAAAGUGGCUGCUCAAAAUUGCCGUAAAAGAAAACUGGAAAAUAUAGUGGAACUGGAGCAAGACUUGAGUAACCUAAAAGAUGAGAAAGAGAAAUUGCUUAAGGAAAAAGGAGAGCAUGACAAAAGCCUUCGUCAAAUGAAAAAGCAACUAACCACCUUAUACCUUGAGGUCUUCAGCAUGCUACGUGAUGAAGAUGGAAAGUCUUACUCUCCUAGUGAAUAUUCACUGCAGCAAACUAGAGACGGCAAUGUCUUUCUUGUUCCUAAAAGCAAGAAGUCAGAGACUAAAAUUUGAAGGGCAGCACAGCUGGCUACUGUUCUCUGAGUUGUUAUUUUUAUAUCAUUAUCCUGAUAGUUUUUACUGUGAGGUGGAAUGCAGAAUUGGGUAAUAUUUUUCAAGUAAUUCUAUGCAAUGAUAACCUUAAAGUUAAGAAUUAGUUUAUGGAAGAUGCAAGUUUAAAACUAAUAGCGUAAUGCAGAUGGAUUAUGCAAAAUUUGUAAUCUUACUUUUAUAACAGACAUUUCCCUCUUAUAGCACCACUUUGACUAGUUUCCAUAUACAUGUAAAUAUUUAAAGAUACCAUAUUUAUAUACUGUUCCUAUCUCUUGUUAUAUGCAUAGAUUUAUUUGAUAUAUAUAAAAAUGAUUUUAGCCUUCUAAAUAUAAUUUCUUGCAAGACAAACAGUAUGGCUUCUGAUACUUUUUUUAUAAAUAUGCAAUAGUGUUUGUUUCCUGUUUUUCUUACACAUUUAUACUUGCUUUAUAUUUAAUAUAUGAUUUUCAUUUAGUAUAGAAGUUGAUACUUAGUGUUUGAUUUCAAUUUAUCAGUUCAUUAAACUUUUUUU